CUCUUCUCCUCGCAGUCGCUGCCCGCCGCCGAGCGGCCGCGCUCGGCGCUGUGGCGCGUCGUCGAGGCGUCGGUGCGCGCCGCCGCCUCCAUCAACCAGCGCCGCGCCGAGCGCGACGCCGACGAGGCUCGCAUUCACGCCGACGAGCUCAGCGGCUGGGCACGCCUCGAGAUCGUCGAGGCGCCGCUGGCGCGCACGCCUGCGGCUGCAGACCUCGGCAGCGCUGGGCAGUGGGACAGCCUCGCCGCGCUCUUCGACGAGCCCACGAGUCCGGCGCGCGGCCGAAGAGAGCCAAGCCGCGAUGGCUCGGCCCUGUCGCCAAUGCGGCAUCGCAUGGCAAGCCGCUCGGGCACGAUGGCAGAAGCGCAAGACGGCUCCACCGGCAGCUCGUCCUCCGACAGUCGAAUGGGCCGCGCUACGGGCCCGCCGGGCGCGCAGGCGGUCGCCGGGCCACGCGCAUGGGCCCGCUUCCUCUCGCCAACGCGCGGCACGUCGCGCUCUGGCUCGCGAGACGUGAUGCGCAGCCCGUCCAAGCGCUCGGACGGCCGCGCCGAGUCGGUUUCAGACGAGCCGGACAGCUACCUCAGCGCCGACCCCGAGCACAUCCCGCGCGGCGAGGAUCCACUUGCGUGGGGCGAGCACAAGCACCUGCUGGACGACAACAGCGAGGACGAGGAAGCGAGGCUCCUGAGCACCCUGAACACGGCACCAGCACGGCCUCGCAGCGGCUUGAAAUGGUGGCUGCACGACUGGUACGAGCACAUGGCCAAUCCCAGCGCCGUGACGAAGGACGUCCUCAAAUGCUGCAUUGCGUACCUUCUCGCCUCCUUGUUCACGUACUCGCCGCUGCUCUCGCAGUGGAUGGCCGACAUUCUGCCGGACCGCGACGGCAAGACAAUUCCGAUUAGCAACCUCUUCAUGGUCGCAACAGUCGUCGUGUACUUCCACCCGGGCCGCUCGAUCGGCUCCAUGCUCGAGUCCGACAUCUUUGCGCUCGCGGCCUUCGCCUACUCCGUCGGGAUGGGCCUCGCCUCGAUGCUCACGGCCGUGGCGCUGCACGAGGCCGGACUGCCGCUGCUGAGCAACAUCGUCGUCGUGCUGCUCUUCAUCGGCCUGGCCAUGGCGCUUGUGGGCUAUGCGCGUGCCAAGUUCGUGCGGCCGGCGUUCGCGUCGGCGUGCAGCCUCAUCGGCGUCAUCCUCUUCACAGUCGUCGUCAAGGAGGGCAGCGCAUCGCUCGGGCAGUUCGAGACGGACAAGGUGUACGACGUCACGCUCGUCGUGAUCAUGGGCGUCAUCGUGACCAACUCGGUGUGCCUCCUGCUCUGGCCGCAGAGCGCAUGCACCAAUCUCGAGCGUGACAUUCAGCGCAACCUCCAGGGCUUUGCGACGCUGCUGCGCGUCCUGACCAAGACAUUCCUGCUCGACGAUCCCUCACAGUUCAACAUCCGCUCCGAGAACAUCAAGCGCGCCAGCGACAAUCUACACUCGUCCUUCACCAGCCUCAAGAAGAAUCUGGCCGAGGCCAAGCUCGAGGCGCCGUUCGACUGGCGCCUGCGCGGCCAGAUCGACAACUACGUGCGCGUCGUCGAUGCCAUGAAUGGCCUGGCGCUGCACCUCGGUGGCCUGCGCAGCAGCUGCAGCCUGCAGCACGACAUUAUGGCUGCACAGCGCGAGGAGCGUGCCCAGGCGCAGGCUGCAGGACGGCACCUACCGCCGCAUGAGCCAGGCACUGCCGUGGCAGGAGCGCUAAGCGGCCGACCGCUGACGAUGCUCAUCGACGAAGACGAGCUGCCGCUCGAGGCUGAGAGUGAGGAGCCCACCGAGCUCGAGCAGCGUAUCAAGGCGUUCAAUGCGUUCCUGGAAGGCGUGGGUCCUCACAUGCGCAGCCUCGUAUUCACCUGCGCGCGAAGCCUCAACGGCAUGCGCGAGACGUUCAAGUCGUCGAAAGACAGCGAGCCUGGCGAGGACGCCGGCUUUGAGGCGCUUGCGCGCGACGUCAACUCUGCGCUCAAGCGUUUCCAGCACGAGCAGGACAUCUCGACGAAGCGUCUCUAUACGAUCUACCCGCUGGCGGAGCGCGGACAGCCGUCCGAGUCGAGCCUCGGCGCAAGCCCGGGCUUCCAGGCCGAUGAGGAGGUCUUCGUCAUCUUCUACUUCCUCUUCCUGCUCGAGGAGUUCGCGCGCUCGCUAUCGAGUCUGGUGCUCGAGAUGGAGAAGAUUCGCGUGCGGCGCAUCGAGUCGGAGCGCUCGCCGGCGCGCUGGUGGUGGCUGCUGCAGCCGUGGCGCUUCUUGGGCAGCCCAGAGCGAUCUCGACGCCGCCGAGCGCCGAAGAAGGGCCUGCUGCGGCGCUUCGGUACGUCACGCGUGAUUUGCAAAAGGGCUUCGCUGACGCUGCAACGCCCAGCGGACGUCCUGUCCAUCACCUCCGGACCGACGCCGCCGAACUGGCCUUCGCACAAGCGCCACCAGCCAAACACCGAGCAGACGCCGACUGCUCGCACGUUCAAGCAGCGUGCGGAUCGUCUCGUCUGGCGGCUCGGUCAGUUCCUGCGCGAGCCCGAUGUCAAGUUCGCGCUCAAGGCGGCGAUCGGCUGCUGCCUGCUUGCAACGCCUGCCUUCGUCAGCUCGACGCGGCCGACAUUCGUGCAGUACCAGGGCCAGUGGUGUCUCGUCACGUACAUGGUAAUCCUGCAGCCGACGAUGGGCCAGUCGAACAACAUCGCCUUCCAGCAGAUUCUCGGCACCGUCAUUGGCGCCUCGAUGGCGUACGCUGCCCGGCUCCUCUUCGACGACGACUGGGUGGCGCUGCCGCUCUUUGGCUUCCUCUGCAGCCUACCAUGCUUCAACUACAUCGUCAGCAAGCCGGCGCGCGCCUCUGCCGGCCGCUUCUCCAUCGUCACCUACAACCUCGUCGCGCUCUACUCGUAUACCCUGCGCGGCGAGGGCAUGGACGUCGAGGAGCUCGCCAUUCGCCGUGCCGUCGCCGUCGUCAUCGGCGUCGUCUCAGCGUCGGUGAUGAACCAGCUGGUGUGGCCAUUCGAGGCGCGCCGCGAGCUCGCGCACGGGCUGUCCGAGCUGCUCUUCAACUUUUCCGCCCUCUACCAGCGCCUCGUGCUGGCGUACGGCUCGCAGCCGCCGCGCGAGGAGACGCAGCACGCCGCCGACGACGACAGCGACGUGGAGGAGCAGCGGCCGCUGCUCGAGAGCGCGCUGACGGGGCACGACGACAUCGAGAAGAUGGAGCUGCACCUGCAGGUGCAGCUCAUCAAGCUCGAGGCGCUGCUGGCGCAGACGCGCAACGAGCCGCGUCUCAAGGGCCCCUUCCCCGUGGGCACGUACCGGCGCUACCUCGGCUGCUGCCAGAACAUCCUCGACAAGCUGCAUGCGAUGCGCCGCGUCACGAGCCGGCGCGACUGGCACACGCGUGUGCGGCGCGACUUUGUCGUGCCCGUCGAUGCGACGGGUGUGCGCCGCGAGAUGGUGGGCAACGUGCUGCUCUUCUUCUAUCUCCUCGGCAGCGCGUUCAACCUCAAGACGCCGCUGCCGCCGUACCUCCCGCCGGCCGAGCGCUCGCGCCAGGCGCUGCUCGACGCCAUCCGCGAGCUGCCCGCGGUGAAGCGGCGCGCCGUCCGCGGCAGCAGCGCGUACCUGCUGUACUUUAGCUACGCGCUCUCGAUGAAGGACCUCAUCCACCAGCUCGAGGAGAUCGGGCAGCUCACGCAGGGCGCAUUUGGCGUGCUCGGCGGCUCGGUCGAGGCCUUCGAGGCGCAGUUCCGGCGCGGCGACGGCAGCGCGGCCACGACGCCAUGGCAGACGCCGCGCGCAUCCACACUCGUGCCCGACACAGAGUGAACACAUGCAAUGCCACUCCUUCCGCGAGACG